CAGAAUCAAACGCUGCCCCAUCAUUUGCUACAUAGACCUUAGUCAUGUUCCAACAUUAGUUCAUGUAAAAAAUAUUUCAGAGUUUGCGGUAGAGGUUGAGUGAAAGAAACAAAAUAAAGAACGAGAAAGUCUUGCAGACCAGAACAUCAUCAGAUGGCGCAAGCGACUAGAUUUACUGAGGGGUAUCGGUUUUCCUAUUAUGCUCCUUAUCAUCUGUUCGCUGCUUUUCUCAUUUUGGCAACCUUGAAUACUCGAGAAGUCACGAGUGGAUCAAUUAUCUCAUUGAAUGCCUCAACGGAUACAAUAAAGGAUGGUGUUCUCAUUCCUCACACAAAAAGCCAAGACCGCUAUGAGCCCUACUAUAUAGGCAUGACAAGUCCAUUGGAAGACUCCGAUUUGGAAUAUUCUCUGGACUAUUACAGUGAAAAGGCUCAAAUGAAGGAGUACGACUUUGAUAGUACAGAAAUUGUAAAAAAACUCGCUGACUCCGCAAUGGCUCACGAUACACCCCCAAACCAAUUUAUGGAGGAAAUCCAUGAUCUGAUCAGUUUACAGAAUCGAUCUAGCAACGAACCGGAUGAGAACACCGCUCGUGACGAGCUUCCAUUAGGGGUUAGUGACACUCUCUUCAAGCGUGUGACUGAGGGCUGGAAGAACGAGCUGAAACGUCUGGAAAAGAAAUACAACGUAAGCUCAGAAUGCGCUAGUUCAGACUCCGUUACAGCAACCAGACUUAAUCUCAUGUUUCCUCAUUACCUCAACUUUGGUCAAAAACCUCUGGCGGCUCCGUCCGAAAUUAGUUUGAAUAUGAAUGGAGGAAGCACUUAUGAUCCUUUCGGUUAUACUACAACAGACAGUUACAACUCAUACUACAAGAGGAGAUCUCCAUCAACCACCCCUAGGUACAACAGUUACAGCACCGAAUACAAAAUACCGGCGAUUUUUAAACGGCCGGAGUUUGGCGGGUUGAUCCCAAGAUUUCUAGACCUGGACCAGAAAAUACUCAUAGGCUUACAUUUGUACGCGAUGUACGGGAAUGACCAGAAUGAUGCGAUGCCGUUCAGAACCAAAUGCGUGAUGCUAAGACGGAGAAUGGAGAAGUGUGUGCUAUCGGACAAGCGAAGGAACAGGUUCUUGUUGAACAAUGGCAUUUUCAACUCCUCUAACCAGUCAUCACUGCAUACUGCAUACCUAAAUCUUCCGGCAGAUUUUACUCGUAAGAUAGAAUGGGAUCUUUUCGAUCUUUCAGAAAACUCUGGAGUGUAAUAAUACAUCAAAUACCAGAUUAAUUGUAUCAAACGAGUUUUAAAAAGUUGCUUUUGAGCACUUGCAAAAAUGUCAAAUUACAAAGACAUCUGUGAGCGGAGAUGAUGUGUAACACGCUGCUAUCACAAAACUUGCGCACUUGAAACUUUUAAUCGAACGACGGAUUAUUUGAUGUGACCUUGCCGUGGCGGUCUGUUCACAUCGUGCUCGCUUUAAUUCGGUUUCUCUCCUGCUUUUUUUAAACACUAAUUCAUACUCGUGCAACUUAGUGAUUUGCGUAAAAAUACACCGUGCAAAGUACGCAUUUGCUCUGAUUUCGUGAAUGUGGAUUCUUAUGUAAUAAACGAUCGAUUUUACAAUG